CUGAGAGCUGAGCAGUCGGGUGGUAACAGGUUGCUUAUCAGAAGGACUCUCUGGGGAAAGAUUAAGCAGUUGAAGAUAAGCUGGCAAGACCUUGAUGUUGUUGGUGAGAAGGAGCAAGAGACUUAUUCUUAGCUCAGUGGAUAGGAUAGUGUCUCUCUCUCUGUGUGUGUGUGUGUAUGUUGGGGGUGGGAGGGCUAAUCUCAUUAGACACCAAGAUCUACCCAGGAGGAGUAAGGCUGGGUGACAGGCUCUUAAGUGAUGAGAAAAAGCAUCGGACAGAGUACUCAUGGAGUUAUUUCCUGGGUGGCAGUGAAGGAAGCCAGAAGCUGAUGUUUUCUGCUGGGCCUGGUCGCUGCCAGGGUGCUUAUGUGAUGCUGCAGCUUUGUGCUUAACUUGCUGGAAGUGGGGAGCACUCAGCUUGGGUCAAAGAGACUGAAGUGGAGUUAUAUUUAGAAGAGGAAAAGGAAGAUAGCUGAUAAGCUAGCCCCGUUAUCUCUGCCGUGGACACGCUAAACCAUUGCCCUCUUCAAAUGGCGUGGUCUUCUGCUGAGCUAGUGCUUUUGCAGAGCUGAGCUCUGGAAUUUUUGGGGACUGUCUUCAGCUCGAGGAUGUUUUAUUUGUGAAGAUGCUGCAGGCCCACAAUGAAUGCAGAGAAAGAAGAACAGCCUAUUGUUCUGCCUUAGUGUUUCAGUCUGUUUGGUGACUCUGGGAGUUCACAUUAGAACCAGGAGGCAAACAGCCUGGAGCUGCAUUGCUGAGUUCUCUUGAGAGAGGUGCUGGCUGGACCUUCUAACUCCCAUAUGCUGCUUGCUGCAUGGAGGUGGCAACUUUGGUGCGAUUGAGUUUUGACCAGAAGUUGGAAUUUUUAGAGGACAAAAGCUGAAGAAAUGGAAAAUUCCUCUUCUGUUCCAAGUCCCUGAGUAGUUGUGAGUUGUCCUUUGCAGUGUGUCUUGGAUUUGUACUCUUGCUCAACCUGAAGAAUAGAUUCUUUUUCUCAGUCUCUUUUCUCUCUUGAGAAGUGCUGGACCUGCUGCAUGCUUUUUACAUCUAUUUUGACCUGACCUCAUUUCUUGAGUGCAAAGGUGAUGGUGGGAAUAGGGACUUUCCACCAAGGACAUUGCAGUGACUGAAUGAAGUAUAACCCAUUCUGGGGUGAGGCAGGAUAUUGACCAACCUCCUUGCCGCUGCUGAAUCUUCAUGCACAGCUGAGGCCUGUGGCUGCCUGCCCCUUUGAGGUCUGGUGAUGAUGUGGCAGUUUUGAAAUAUUUGUGCUGGACCACUGUCUUAUUUUUGUUUUGCUUGUGGCUCAGAGGGUUUUUGCUGUCUCUCCCUAACUAUGGAAGACAUUGGCACCUUUUUGCAAAGUGAACCCCUUUUUCUUUGAAGCCUCCAAGGCUCCCUUCUGUUUGGGACUGUUUGCAGAGAUGUUCUGAAAGGAGGCUCAUGCGCGUGCACGCUUUCUUUCGCUGCUGAUCACGAAGGAGGAAGCUGUGGGAGGAGCUGUGGUGAGGAAGCCGGCAGCUAGGGCAUGGGGCUAGGAGACCACGCUGAGGAUAACAGACUCCAGGGGAAACCAGGAGAUAGAAGAGCUCUCUUGCAAACCAAGGACUUGAUGCCAAUGGCGCUGGGAUCUGAGGGGUCCAUGUGGCACAUCUUCAGAAGGGAGAGGGAGCUGAAUGCCCACCUCGUGUGCAAAAUGUGCUGCUUUGAUGAACGGGAUCGGGUCCAGAAAAAGACUUUCACCAAAUGGGUGAAUAAGCACCUGAUGAAGGUGCGCAAGCAUAUCAAUGACCUCUACGAGGACCUGCGAGAUGGCCACAACCUCAUCUCUCUGCUGGAGGUCCUCUCUGGUGUCAAACUGCAAAAGGAAUCCUCAGGGCAGAAGACCCUUCGGCUGGUGAAAGUGCCGUCCUGGUGUCGCACGAGCAGCGAAGAGUGCGAAGAGGAGGAGGAGGAGGAGGAUGGUGAUGCACCACGGGAGAAGGGCCGGAUGCGCUUCCACCGACUUCAGAACGUGCAGAUUGCCCUGGAUUUCCUGAAGCAGCGGCAGGUGAAGCUGGUGAACAUUCGCAAUGAUGACAUAACAGAUGGGAACCCCAAGCUGACACUGGGGCUGAUCUGGACCAUCAUCCUGCACUUCCAGAUCUCUGACAUCUACAUCAGUGGCGAGUCAGGAGACAUGUCCGCCAAAGAAAAGCUCCUUCUAUGGACGCAGAAGGUGACAGCGGGCUAUGUGGGAGUGAAGUGCACCAACUUCUCAUCCUGCUGGAGUGAUGGAAAGAUGUUCAAUGCUAUUAUUCACAGAUACAGGCCAGAUUUAGUGGAUAUGGAAAGAGUUCAGAUUCAGAGCAGCCGAGAUAAUCUGGAACAGGCCUUCGAGAUUGCAGAGCGGCUUGGGGUCACCAGGUUGCUGGAUGCAGAAGAUGUGGAUGUUCCCUCACCAGAUGAAAAGUCUGUGAUAACUUAUGUGUCUUCAAUUUAUGAUGCCUUUCCCAAAGUCCCAGAGGGAGGAGAAGGCAUCAGUGCCACCGAAGUGGACACAAGGUGGUUAGAAUACCAGAACCAUAUAGAUUCUCUCAUCUCCUGGAUCAAGCAGCACACGAUAAUGAUGUCUGACAAAUCUUUUCCCCAGAACCCUGUAGAGCUCAAGGCACUUUAUAACCAGUACAUACACUUCAAAGAAACAGAGAUCCCAGCAAAACAGCAAGAAAAGCGAAGCAUUGAGGAUCUGUAUAAACUACUGGAGACCUGGAUUGAAUUUGGGCGCCUUAAGCUGCCACAGGGUUAUCAUCCCAAUGACGUGGAGGAAGAAUGGGGCAAGCUCAUCAUAGAAAUGCUGGAACGUGAGAAGUUGCUGCGGCCAGCCGUGGAAAGGUUGGAGCUGCUGCUGCAGAUUGCAAACAAAAUCCAGAAUGGGACUCUCAGCUGCGAAGAGAAACUCACCCUGGCAAGGAACACGCUACAAGCUGAUGAAGCGCACCUGGAGUCAGGCCAGUUGGUGCAAUAUGAAUCUGAUGUUGUCAUGUACCUCCAGGAGUGUGAAGGGCUCAUCCGCCAACUACAGGUGGAUGUUCAGAUACUCCGGGACGAGAAUUACUACCAGCUGGAGGAGCUGGUCUUCAAGAUUAUGAGGCUUCAGGACGAACUGGUGACAUUGAGGCUGGAAUGCACUAACCUCUAUCGGAAGGGGCACUUCUCCUCCCCCUCUUCCUUGGACUUUGUCCAGCCUUCCUCCCUGAGCACCAGGCACCUUAAGGCUCAGCCCUUGCUGAAGGGAACGCACACAACAGCCACCACUGCCUCUACCUCCUGGUUCCGGAAGCCAAUGACCCGUGCAGAGCUGGUGGCCAUUUCGUCCUCCGAAGAUGAGGGCAACCUCCGGUUUGUGUAUGAGUUGCUCUCUUGGGUGGAAGAGAUGCAGAUGAAGCUGGAGCGGGCUGAAUGGGGGAGCGACUUGCCAAGUGUAGAAUCCCAACUGGAAGUCCAGCGCCAUGUCCACAGCAGUGUGGAAGACCUAGGCUCCAGUGUGAAAGAGGCCAGGAUGUAUGAGGGUAAAAUGUCUCAGAAUUUCCACACUAGUUACAUGGAGACACUGGGGAAGCUGGAGACCCAGUACUGCAAACUGAUGGAAACCUCCAGCUUCCGACUGCAGCACCUCCAGAGUUUGUAUGGGUUUGUGUCUCGAGCGACGACAGAGCUCAUUUGGCUCAAUGAAAAGGAAGAAGAGGAGCUGGCGUAUGACUGGAGUGACAAUAAUCCCAAUAUGGCUGCCAAGAAGAAUUAUUUCUCGGAGCUCACAAUGGAGCUAGAGGAGAAACAGGAUGUGUUUUGCUCCCUGCAAGACACAGCUGAGAUGCUGUCAUUGGAGAAUCACCCAGCCAAGCAGACUGUGGAGGCAUACAGUGCAGCAGUGCAGACUCAGUGGCAGUGGAUCAAGCAGUUGUGCUUAUGUGUGGAUCAGCAUGUGAAGGAGAACACAGCUUACUUUCAGUUCUUCAGUGAUGCCCGUGAUUCAGAGACAUACUUGAAGAACCUCCAAGAUACCAUCAAACGGAAGUAUUCUUGUGACUGCAACACCAGCCUGACACGCCUGGAGGACCUGCUCCAGGAUUCCAUGGAUGAAAAGGAGCAGCUGAUCCAGUCCAAGAGUUCCGUUGCCAGCUUGGUGGGUAGGUCCAAGAGCAUCGUGCAGCUGAAGCCACGAAACCCUGACCAUGUUUUGCAGAACACCAUCUCUGUGAAGGCCAUCUGUGAUUAUCGCCAAAUUGAGAUCACCAUCUGUAAGAAUGACGAGUGUGUGCUAGAAGACAAUUCCCAGCGAACCAAGUGGAAAGUGAUCAGCCCUACCGGAAAUGAGGCCAUGGUCCCGUCUGUUUGCUUCUUGGUGCCCCCUCCUAACAAAGAGGCCAUUGAUGUGGCCAGCAGGGUGGAACAGCUGUACCAGAAGGUGAUGGCCUUGUGGCACCAGCUCCAUGUAAACAUGAAGAGCCUUGUUUCCUGGAACUACUUGAGAAAAGACAUUGCUCUGGUGCAAAGCUGGAAUAUGGAGAAGCUCAGGGCCCUGGCCCCAGGGGAAUGCCACCAAUCCAUGAGGAGCCUGCAGGUACACUACGAUGAUUUCUUGGAGGACAGCCGGGAUUCGGAGCUCUUCUCUGUAACAGAUCGGCUGCGCCUAGAGGAGGAUGUGGACUCAUGCAAGGAGCACUUCCAGCAGCUUUUGCAGUCAAUGGAAAAUGAGGACAAAGAUGAGACUGCUUCUCGGACAUACCUCUCUGAGCUGAAGAAUAUUCGGCUUCACCUGGACGAAUGUGAACAACGUCUGGUGGGCACCAUCCGGACGCCAAGCAGCACAAGAACGGAUGGGGACGCCCUGCAGGAAAACACUUUCCGGCUUGUCGAGCAGGAGAGAUUGAAGGAAGAUUUGAAUCAUUUGAAGGACGACAUGGAGCAACUUUCUGAGAGAUGCACUAUUUUCCUUCACAAGUCUCCAACGGGAACCAGCACUCCACACCUUCGUUCUGAGCUUAACCUGCUGGUGGAAAAGAUGGAUCAUGUCUAUGGGCUCUCAACUAUCUAUCUGGACAAGUUAAAGACAGUGGACGUUAUCAUUCGCAAUACCCAAGGAGCUGAGUCUUUGGUCAAAGGGUAUGAGGUUAAACUGAGCCAGGAGGAGGCCGUGCCUGCGGACCUAAGUGCCAUUCAGUGUCACCGAGCCACAUUACAGCAAUGGAUCAGUGAAGUGAACGAUAAGGGCAAUGUCUUUGCUAUGUUGGAAGAUGACUUGGCAAGAGCUAAAGUUGUGACAGACCAGCUGUACAAUCUGAAGCAGGAGCGCAGUCCAGACCUGGAGCGCUACCAGGAGAAAGGGAGCCAACUCUGGGAUCGCUGGCAGAGGGUUAGCCUACAGAUCGAGACUCGCCGAUCAGAGCUAGAGAGUAUUGAGGAAGUACUGAGUGAUUACCGGAACUGUCAUGGGGCACUGAUCCAGUGGAUUGAGGAGACCACAACGCAGCAGGAACUGAUGAAACCUGGACAAGCGGAGGAUAGCAGGGUCCUUUCAGAGCAACUCAGCCAGCAAAUGGCACUGUUUGCUGAAAUAGAGGCAAAUCAAGCCAAACUGGACCAGUGUCAGAAACUAUCUCAGCAAUACUCAGCUGCUGUCAAGGACUAUGAGCUGCAGCUGAUGACGUACCGUGUGUUUGUGGAAUCUCAGCAGAAGUCCCCCGUGAAGCGCAGGCGCAUGCUGUCCUCCUCUGAUGCCAUCACGCAGGAGUUCAUGGACCUGCGCACACGCUACACAGCUCUGGUCACAUUGACCACACAGCACGUGAAGUACAUCAGUGAUGCUCUCCGACGCCUGGAAGAGGAAGAAAAAGUUGUGGAGGAGGAGAAGCAAGAGCAUGUGGACAAAGUGAAGGAACUCCUGGGCUGGGUCAUGGGUUUCAAACAGAGUGCACAGUUCAAAAGUGUCCCACCAAAGGGCAAAGAGCUCGGAGAUAUUGAGAAGUCCAUCUUGGAGCAGCAGGUUCUAAAUGAGGAAUUGGUUACAAAGCAGGAGCAAGUCUCGGAAGCUAUCAAAACUGCUCAGAUCUUCCUUGCAAAGCAUGGACACAAGCUUUCUGCCGAGGAGAAGGAACACAUUUUGACCCAGCUGAAUGUCCUCAAGAAGACUUAUGACCAGCUGUGCUCUGACUCCACUGAACAGCUCCAGCAGCUCCAAAGUCACAUGGCCCAGGAGACCGCCCAUAAGGGAAUUGAGACUGUGGCAGGAGUGCUGGACCUUGGCACAAUGGAAGUCUUUCCUGUUUGGGGGGCCAUGCAAAAAGGUCUAGACCAAGAAACAGGCCUUAUACUGCUGGAAGCCCAGGUGAUCACAGCUGGCCUUGUGGUUCCCAAUACCAGUGAAAAGCUCCCUUUGGCAGAAGGCCUGGCACGAGGCAUCAUAAACGACAGGAUCUACAAGCUACUGGAGGAACUGCAGAGUGCCGUCCAGCUGGUAGACAGCAUAGAUGCCAAAGGGAAGCAGUUUCUUCCACUUGUGGCUGCAAUGGAAGAUGGAACCAUCAGUGAAAGCAUUGGGCUGAAAAUCUCAGAAGUGCAGAUUCUCACUGGCGGGUUUGUAGACCCUUCCAGCCAAGGCAGGAUCAGCUUAGAAGAGGCUCUUCAAAGAGGAAGCAUUACCACCCACCUUCAUGGGAAGUUGGUUUCGCGUCUGAGGUCUUGCAAGGACUUGAUUGACCCCAAUUCAGCCAAGAAAAUUAGCUUGAGCAACCUGAUGCAGCAGUGCAUCCUUCACCAGGAGACAGGACUGAGGCUGCUCCCAGUGAAACAGCUGGCAGGUGGGAUGGUGAGCUUAACUUCAGGCCGGAAAGUGAGCAUCUUCCGUGCAGUUCAGGAAGGGCUAAUAGAGAAGCAGGUGACUGUGAGGUUGCUGGAAGCACAGCUCUUUGCUGGUGGCAUUGUGGACCCCAAAAGCGGCCAUCGACUGACUGUGGAUGAAGCCAUAAGACAUAAUCUGAUUGACCAAGAUCUGGCUUGUGCCCUUCUGGUCCGACAGCUACAGACAGGUGGUAUUAUAGAUACGGUUACAGGAGACAGGCUUUCACUGGAUGAAGCAGUGAGGAAAGACUUAGUAGCAUCAAGAAUUGCUGUAGUGAUUCUAGAAUCCCUUUGGUCAUUUAUGGGUCUUCUGCAGCCCAAGUCAGGUGAGAUUCUCCCUGUUACAGAUGCCCUGGAGCAAGGCAUCUUGUCUUCUGAGCUGGCCCAUAAGAUUCUAAGCAAACGGCAACACAUUGAGGCACUUUUCAUACCCCAAACCAGAGAGAUCCUGGCCUGGGAGAAAGCUGCUGAUCGAGGGAUUCUGGGCAGAGAUGCCAUCGAAAAACUGAAAUCAACCCACCUUCCUGAUGUCAUGCCAAACAUGCCCCUUGCAGAUUCUCCAAGCAGGCAGGAAAGGAGUAUCCUCCCCUCAGAUAGCCCAGGGGACCUUAAGAACCAAAGCAAAUGUCCACAAAGAAGCUGUGAAGAAAGGACAUUGUUUCAUUUGAUGACUCACAGCUAUGUCAACAUCAACAAUGGCCAAAAAUUGCUACUUGUAGAUGGGGAGUUAAGUAACCUUGCUGAAAUGCUUGUUGCAGCUCAAGAUAAUGGAUCUAAUGCACAUCCCUUAAAAACUAGUGAAAGCCAACCCCAACAAUGGGAUGAUUUUGAGGAUGGGAAGACAAUAACUGUGGUUGCUAAAGCCCAUAAUGAAUUCGCUUUGAAGGAAUUUGAAUUCAAUUUAUCUGUGUCCAAAGAAGAGCCUGAAAGAAAUAUGCCCUCAGAAAUUUGUCCAUCUAACGAAACACUUGAAAUAGAUAUUGGAAAACUUCCAGAGAAAGAAAUAGAAUGUGUGAAUGUAAAGACGCCAGAGAUGGAAGUGGAUCCUAUGGGAGACCUUAAAAGUGAAAUGGAUGACUCCAGAAGAGAGCAAAACCUGACAAUGAACCAGAGCAGGGAUGAAAUUGAACUGCCAGGGUCCAAAUCCACCAAGGACUCCAGCUUUGAAAUAGAAUCCACAAAUGUGGAGAUCUCGUGGGAAAAUGUUACAUUUGCAAAAAUACAGGCAGAAGAGAUGGUUUUCAAAGAGUGGGAGACUGGUAUUGAAAUAGAUCCUGUUGAAAAAGGAACCGCUAUAUCCACUGUUGAUUUGGAGAAACCAGAGGAAUCUCAAAAUUUGAAGGACAAUGCUAUUGAAAAUGUCACUCUUGCAGCAGAAGAUGCAGCAGGCGCUGACUCUAUGAAUUGGCUAAGUAUUAGAAAAGUGAGAAAUGAAUCAGUUGAAAGUCUUUAUCAAGCUGAAGGGAAAUCUACAGAUGACCAUAUUAUGGAAGAACAGUUGAGGAUUGAAGGAAAAAUGGAUCAUUUCCAUCAAACUGAUAGUUCUGCAUCACCAAAACUGUCCCCAGACUUGGGAGAAGACAACACCCUUAAAAUAUUGCUGAUGCAGCUUCAGGAUGGUGGCAUAAUUCAUGAACAGACAGGGAAGAAGAUGCUCCUAGAUGAGUCAAUUGCCUGUGGAGUUGUACCCAGCCAUACAGCCAUAAAACUGAUGGACAAGAUGAAAAUAUUCAGUGGCUUCUUUGAUGCUGAGACCUGUGAAUCAUUAACCACUGAAGAAGUAAUUGGUGAAGGACUGAUGGAUGAGAAACUUAUGCAGAAGGUGCUGGCAUCUGAUCAAGCCAUAAGUGGUGUUAUAGAUCCACUUCGAAAAACCAUUCUCUCCAUCAAGGAUGCAUCUGAGGUUGGUCUGUUGGACAAAGAAACUGCUGCACGAAUCCUGGAAGGGCAAGUAGUUACCGGUGGGAUUGUUGACUUCAAGCGUGGCAAGAAACUGUCAGUCACAUUGGCUUCUAACCAUGGCCUCAUACAGCAAUCUAACCAAGAAGAUCUUAAGAAACUAGAGAAAGCAUCUAAGGGGAAAGGUGCUGAGGAUGCAACCAAAGAGAAGCUAAUCACUUUGCAGGCUGAAAUAGGAGGCAUCUUAGAUCCUAAAACUAAAGAACCUUUGACAAUCACCCAGGUUGUGGAAAAGGGAUUUCUCACCAAGGAGAAAGCCUUUCAACUCCUGACCAAGCAGAUAGCUGAUGGAGGGAUUAUUCACCACAAGACAGGCUUGAGACUUUCCGCGGAGGAUGCUGUGGAACAUGGAUUGAUUGACCAAGGCUUCUAUGAAGAUCUCAGAAAGGCAGAAAGUAUAUGCUUGCAUCAGUACAUUCACCCAGAAACAAAGGAACCUAUGCCCUUGCCUCAAGCUGUAUCCCUGGGAUUAGUCAGCUCAGAUUUUCAAAACAAUGUUCAAGAAAUACAAGCCUCAACUGGAAGCAUAUUUGACCCUGUUUCUGGCCAGAAGAUUAUAUUGGCUAAAGCUGUGAAGGAAGGACUCUUGCCCAAAGCAGUUAUGGAAAAGGCCAUUGCAUCCUCUGGAAUGAAGCAUGCAAUAAUUGAUCCAGAGAGCUGUAGGCUGGUCUCCUAUCCAGAACUGGUCAGGAAAAGCAAAAUUGACAUUGAGUCAGGGCAGAGAUACUUGGAAGUUGUUCCUUUUCGAGACCUCAAAGAUGAAGUGACUGGGAAUGUACUCUCAUAUCCACAAGCAGUUAAGCUUGGCAAGGUAGACCCCAUGCUUGCCUUGAGGUUGUUGCAGGCUCAAGCAGACACAGGUGGCAUUAUGGAGACUUCAACCUGUCAAAGGUUGACACUGGCAUCUGCUUUGGAGAGAGAAGUGCUAGAUAAAGAUACAGCUAAAACCAUUGCUGUUAAUCAGCUCUUGGCUGGAGGAAUUAUUGGUCCUAAGAGUGGAGAACGAGUAGCGUUAAAAGAGGCAGUUGAGAGGGGCUUAGUCAGUGAGGAAUUAGCCAGCGCAGUUAAAGAAAGUGUUCCAAUAAGCAAUGAUACAUCUGAAUAUGAGAACCUGGAAGAACGUGAAGAUCAGCAGCCUCAGCUGUUGCUGCAAAAUGGGACCUCCAUGUCUGAAGUGUUAGGCUUUUGUGAAUAUGCUGCUGAGAAUCAUGAUGAGAAAGAGACUCCAGUACCUUCAGCUAUGGAGAGCAGCCUAACUGGUGAGGCCACUAACAACUCUUCAAAAGGGAUUCAAGAGAUGCCAGAAGAAGUGGUUGAAUCGGUGCCAGCCUCCUUUCCUUUUCCUUCUGCACUGGAUAGUUUGGCCAGUCAGCUUUUAGCAGAAGGCAGGCUGGCACCUGAGCUUGCCUAUAUGUUAGACCCAGCUGAUGCCCUGAAAGUUAAAGCGCAGAAAAAAAAUGUUAGGAGGAAAAGCAAGUUGAGAGGGAAAGAACUCCUGAAAGGCGAAUUGGAAAAGCAAGGAGGAAACAAUCAGGAGAUUGAAAAGAAAUUGGAAGGAAUUGUGUCUCAGGAGGAGAAGUUUGGGAUGAAUGUGAUGAUGAACCAGACAAUUAAUGGGGACCAGGAACAAGACAAGAGAUUUACUCAGGAAGAGAGUGAUGCUGCAGCCAUUGUCCUCCAGAAUAAAGCUCAGGGUAUCGUACACUUGGAACCUCUGGAGGUGUCAACACCCAAGAAACUCAGUUCUGUAGGUCAGACGGAGGAAGAAAAUGAUUUCAUAAAUUCUGAAGGACUUCCUACAGUUGUAGAGCCCAAGAAACAGGCCUCUGAUGAGCUGCUGUGUGCGGACAUCAAGACUGAACUACCAAGCCCUGGAUCUCAAUUAAGACCCUGGGAUCUUCUCACUUCAGAAAGUAUUGACUUAAAAAGCACCAAGAAGAAGAAAACAAAAAAGAAUAAAAAGCAGUCUGCUGCCCCAACAGAACCACUUAGGGUGUGUGGCUCUUCCCAAGAAAGGUCAUCCCCUCCUAACCCAGAUUCCAAGGAAACUUUGAUGAGAAGGAUCAAGGAGGAGUUGGCCUCUGGGGUUCUAGAAUCGUUCCAGGAGAAUAUAUCUGACAGGGUGACCAGCAGCCAGACCACAGUAGAACAAGCGGAGGUUGAGAGACUAGAUCCACAGGCAUUUGGAAAAGAGAACAAGCAAGACAGAAUUAAAGCGAACAUCACAGAUGAUCAGAAAGUGAAUGUUACCCCAAAGACAGAGUCACCCAGAGAGUUAACAGAGCAAGAGACUAAAACUUACCAAGAUUCCUUGGUAGAGGUAGAUAAUCUGGAAGAAAGUGUAUCUCAAGAAAAGGCCAAAGAACCAAUUAUCUCAAAGGUCCAAAAAGCUAAUGUUACUACUAAGGUAGCUGGCACAGAAUCCUCAGGGCCUUCUGCACUCAAGACAGAACCUGUGCAAAAUAGAGAGAUCCUAGAGGACAAGAUAAGUCAUUAUCAUUCUGUGCCUUUGCUCAGACAAGAGGAUGCUGUCCAGGAGCUAACUAGAAACUAUGGAAGUGCUGUUGUCAAAGGAGUGCCUGUGGAUGCAGAAGCAGAAGAGAUGUGGCACAUUGGUUCUAUGGGAGACAAGAAAAUGGAGCCAGAGGCACAGAUGCUGCAAGACCAAGAGUUUCCAGAAAGCAAGAGGGAUAUUUCUAGGCGAAAAGCACCUAUGCAAGACACUGAAACCUCAAAAACGACCAGAGAAAGCAAGGAUGCUGAUGAACCCACCUGUGUGGUUGAAGGCAGUGGGGAGGAGAGAUGCCAAGAUACCCCCAAACUUGCCAAGGCUUCACACAGCAAACAGCUUUGCCUCAGCUAUGAUGAGAAAUUAGUUGUGCUCCUGUCCAGAGUGCGUGACAUUGAGAUGCGCAUCCAGCGGGUUCAAGUUGCAGAUCUGAGUUCAGCAGCACUGCGGGAACUGCUUCGCCAGGCUGAGGCCUUGGACGCAGAGCUGAGGAACUUGUCGGCUCCAAUGAAUCAGGAGCUGGAGGCAGUGAAAGGGAUUGUAUCCAGCCCUCCCUGGGAAGUCCCUGAGCAAUUACUGAAAGCUUUGGAGAAAGAUGCCAAGAACCUUCAGAAGUCUUUUGGCUCCGUCAGUGAGGCCCUGGACUCUUGGCUACUGAACCUUCGUGCUGCGACAGAAGCAGAAAAGGCUGAAAUCCUGGCGCAGCAUGAGAAGCUGCAGGGCAGGCUCCAGGAGCUGCUGAGCUGGGCGUCUGACACCACAGAGUUACUCAACCAUCUAGAGUCCCACACUAAAACUGAUGCCAGCAGCUUGAAUUCCUGCCUCCAGAGCUACAAGGAGCUGAAAAGGCCCCUUGCAGAUACCAAAGCUCAGCUUGAUGCAACAGCCCUUGACAUUCAGUUCUUCAUUUCUGAGCACGCUCAAGACUUGUCCCCGGAACAAAGCAGGCAACUGUUGAGGCUGCUGAACGAGCUGCAGACAUCCUUCCGGGAACUUUCAGAGAGGCUGGCCACCCGGGCAGAGGUCCUUCAGGUCUGUCUCCAGCAAGCGGAGCAGACAGAUCAGACACUUCAAGAACAGCAGGCAAUACGUAGCCAGAAACUGGAGGAGUUGUGCACCUGGAUGAACCAGGCUGAGCAUAGACUGGUGGAUCCACAGGGAGCAGCAAGGGAAGGGGACCUCUCUGUACUGCAACAGAGCCAGAGUGACGUGAAGGACCUGCAGAGAAGCCUGCACAGCCGAGCAGCCUCUUUUGCCGGUGUCUUGAAAGCGACAGAGGAGUUCCUGGAGGAGAACCGGACCAAGCUGGACCCCAAGGAACUUGCAUCCCUGCAGGAAAGGCUCUGCCAGGCUAAGGAGCAGUACCAGUCCCUGCAAGAGAGGACAGAGGCGGCGCAGAAGGAGCUUGAGAGUGCUGUGAGCACUGUGGUGCAACAGCAAACAGAAAAGAUUAGAGCUGUCAAAGACUUUGAAGAAAAUAAGAGUAAGAUUGAAUCUCUUCUGCACUGGGUGGCAUCACUAGAGCAGCCCAAGGAGCUCACAGAAGCUGAACACCAUCGAGUGGGUCUAGUGACUGGAGGAGUCCAAGAUACCCCUGAUGGUGGAUUCAAGGAGGUGGACAGAGUUGAAGAAAAUCUCACUUUGCACUGUGAGAGCUUGAAGGUCUGCCACCAAGAGCUGCUCUCUCAGCAGCAAGAAGUCAUUCUAGCUACGCAGUCAGCCCAGGCCUUCCUGGACAAGCAAGGCCACAAUCUCGCCCCAGAGGAGAAGCAGAGGCUACAGGAGAGGCUGGAGGAGCUGAAGGGACAGUAUGCCACCACCUUGUCUCAGUCUGAGGUGCACCUCAAGCAAUCACAGACGCUCCGGGAUGAGCUGCAGAAAUUCCUCCGGGACCAUGUGGAGUUUGAGGCUUGGCUGGAGCAGGCCGAGCAAGAGCUGGAGAGGAUGCGUGCGGGAGACGGCAGUCUCGAGUCCCUUCAGCCCAUGCUCCAGCGGCAGAGCAGCUUUGCGGAAGAUGUAAUCUCACACAAGGGGGAUUUGCGCUUUGUGACAAUGUCCGGGCAGAAAGUGCUGGAUGCCGAGAAGGUGGCGGCAGAAGCUGGGAAUGCUGGGGGGCCUCCAAGGCCUGAGGUUUUAGCUACUGGGGUGCUGGUGAAGAACAAGUUGGACGAUGCCACCAAACGAUACAGUUCUCUCCAUUCCAAGUGCACUGCACUUGGUUCCCAUCUGAGUAUGCUCCUGGAUCGCUCUCAGCAGUUCCAGGACAUAGCAGAAUCUCUCCGGACGUGGCUACAACAGAGUGAAGAGGCUAUGGCAACUCUCCUGUCGGAGCCUGUUUCUUCAGAUCCAGCCAUUUUACAGAGGCAGCUUGCCAGUGCCAAACACCUGCAGGAAGACCUUGCAGAGCACCAAGUGCCUGUAGAGAGGCUUGAGAAGGCAGCUUGGUCCCUCUUGGAAAUACACGAAGCGCCCUUACCUGAUCACAGAGGCAUUCGGAAAACCACAGAUUCCCUCGUGAGCCGUUUCCAGAGCCUAUCCUGUCAGAUGGCGGAACGCUCAGACCUCUUGCAGAAGUCCAUCGCCCAGUCCCAGAGUGUGCAAGAGGGGCUGGAGAGCCUCCUUCAGUCCGUGGCUGAGGUAGAGAGGAACCUCCAGAGGGAAGACGUGGCUGCUUUCUCCUCCACCUCCAUCCAGGAGUCCCUCGCCACAAACAUGAAGCUGAAGCAGGACAUCGCCAGGCAAAAGAGCAGCCUCGAAGCCACCCGGGAGAUGGUGACCCGCUUCAUGGAGACCGCUGACAGUGCCACAGCUGCUGCUCUGCAGAGCAAGCUGGCCGAGGUGACAGAGCGCUUUGGCAGCCUUUGCCGGCAGCAGCAGGAGAAAGAGGGCGCCUUGAAGGAUCUCCUCCCCAAGGUGGAGCAGUACGAGCACCUCUCUGAGAAACUGCAGCAAUUCAUGGAGAGCAGGAUGCGGCUGUUAGCCUCAGGAAACCAGCCCGAUCGUGACAUUGCUCACUUCUCCCAACAGAUCCAGGAACUGAAUUCUGAGAUGAAGCAGCACCAUGAGGCCUUGGACACAUUGGAACAUCUGACCACAGAGCUGAGCUCUUCUGGUUUUGCAGCAGCAAGCUCCUCCUCCCACCAGGAGAAGGUGCACAGUUUGCGGAAAGACUUCAUGCAGUUGCAGAAAGCAGCAAGGGAACGAGAGAAGGGCGCAUCCUCCUGCCAGGAACAAUUGAACGAAUUCCGAAAACUGGUUGAAUCCACCAAACAGUGGCUGAAAGAAACAGAGGCGACUGUCCCAGCCACAGAGGCUUCUUUGGGCACCCAUGAAUUGGAGAAGCGGAUGCAGCAAAUUGAGGUGAUCUUGGAAGAAUGGACAGGGAAGGGAGUUCUGGUGGAUGAGAUCAACCGCAGGGGGACGGCCUUGGAGAGUCUGAUAGUUGAGAUUACAGCUCCUGAUGCCCAGUCCAAAUCAGGUUCUAUGCUGCCCGCUGGGGGAAGUUCUGUAGGCAGCGUUAAUGGAUAUCACACCUGCAAAGAUUUGACAGAGAUCCAGUGUCAUGUGUCAGAUGUCAACCAGCAGUACGAGGGGCUUGGUGCCACUUUACGGGGGCACCAGGAGCAGCUGUCCUCCAUGUUGGCCAAGAUGAGAGAUGUCCAGGAGGAGGUGGGCUCCGUGCUGAAGUGGCUGGAGUCAAAGGAACAGGCCUUGACCGCGCUGGAAGCUUCCUCCUCACCUACCAAGUCAGAGACAAUGAGGGUUCAGGCAGACCAUAACAAGGCAUUUCUGGCUGAGCUGGAGCAGAACACUGUGAAAGUCCAGAAAGCAAAAGAGUCUCUUUCUGGACUCCUGGAGAAAUAUCCCGAAUCGCCAGAAGCAGGAAAUUGGAAGCGGAUGCUAGAGGACUUAAAUUCCAGGUGGGCACAUGCCAACCAGGUGACAGCAGAGCGCCAGCAGAAGUUGGAGAAAUCAGCCAGUGAGCUGGCCAGCUUCCAGGUGGCUGAGGGCCAGCUGCGUCCCUGGCUGAUGGAGAAGGAGCUCAUGAUGAGUGUGCUAGGCCCACUCUCCAUCGAUCCCAACAUGCUGAAUGCACAGAAGCAGCAAGUUCAGUUCAUGCUGAAGGAGUUUGAGUCCCGCAAGCCCCAGUAUGAUCAGCUGAAUGAAGCUGCCCAAGGGAUACUCACCAGCCCCAGCGAAGGGUCUCCAUCCAUCAGCAACAUGCAGGAGGAGCUCCAGGCUGUCAACCAGAAGUGGACUGAACUCACGGAGAGGCUCAACUCACGCUCCAGCCAAAUUGACCAGGCCAUUGUCAAGAGCACCCAGUACCAAGAGCUGCUCCAGGGGCUGUCUGAGAAGGUGAAGGCUGCUGGGCAGUGCCUGAGCACCCAGUCCACCAUCAGCACCCAGCCGGAGGCUGUGAAGCAGCAGCUGGAAGAAACAAGUGAAAUCCGGUCCAACCUGGCACAGCUGGAAGAGGAGAUCACGGAGGCUCAGGCCCUGUGUGAUGAGCUCUCAGUCCUCAUUGGGGAGCAGUACCUGAAGGAUGAGCUGAAGAAGCGCUUGGAGACGGUGGCCCUCCCUCUCAAAGGGUUGGAAGAUUUGGCAGGUGACCGGAUGAAUCGAUUGCAGACGGUGCUUGCCAGCUCCCAGCAAUUCCAACAGAUGUUUGAUGAGCUCCACACUUGGCUGGAUGACAAGCUGAGGCAGCAGGCACAGAGUGGGCCCAUCUCAGCUAAGCUGGAGAGGCUGCAGUCUCAGAUCCAGGAGCAGGAAGAAUUCCAAAAGAGCCUCAACCAGCACAGGGGCUCCUAUGAAAUGAUUGUGGUAGAGGGCGAGUCUUUGCUCCACUCCAUUCAUCCCGGCGAGGAGAGAGCCAGUUUGCAAAGCCAGCUGGUCAACCUGAAAGCAAACUGGGAGGAGCUUAGCAAACAGAUCACAGACCGACAUGCUAAGCUCAAGGACUGCUUACAGAAGGCUCAGAAAUACCAGCGUCAUGUGGAAGACCUCUUCCCGUGGGUGGAGGACUGCAGGUCAAAGAUGCUAGAGCUGGAAGUCACUCUGGAUCCAGUGCAACUGGAAGCCACGCUCCUGAGGUCAAAGGCUAUGCUGAGCGAUGUGGAGAAGCGCCGCUCCCUUCUGGAGAUGCUGAACAGUGCCGCUGAUAUCCUCAUCAAUGCAUCAGAAAUGGAUGAGGAUGAUGUUAGGGAUGAGAAAGCUGGGAUCAACCAGAAGAUGGACGCUAUUACAGAGGAACUCCAAGCAAAGACCGGUUCCCUGGAAGAAAUGUCGCAAAGGCUGAAGGAGUUCCAAGAAAGCUUUAGGAACAUUGAGAAGAAACUAGAUGGGACAAAGCAUCAGCUGGAAAUCUAUGAGGCUCUCGGUCCACAGGCCUGCAGCACUAAGAACUUGGAGAAGCUGAGAGCCCAACAGGAGGUUAUCCAGGCAUUGGAACCCCAGGUGGAUUACCUGAGGAAUUUCACUCGGGGCCUGGUGGAAGAUGCUCCAGAUGGCUCCGACUCCUCCCAUCUCUUAAGUCAAGCUGAGGUCGCCCAGCAAGACUUCAAAGCAGUCAAGCAAAAAGUUAACGAAUGUUGUCAACUUAUGGAGAGCAAGCUUGAAGGGAUUGGCCAGUUUAAUAAUCAUGUUCGGGAGAUGUUCUCUCAGCUGGCUGACCUAGAUGACGAGUUGGACAGCAUGGGCUCUGUUGGGAGAGACAUGGACAGCCUGCAGUCUCAAGCAGAGGAUGUCCAUGAAUUCCUGGGCAAACUUCAGAGGCUGAGGCUGGAUAUCCAAGCUUCUGAAGAGAAAUGCAGGCAGAUGUUGGAUGAUGAAGGAAGCCCCGACCUCAUAGGGCUGAAACGUGAGCUGGAGACUUUAAAUAAGCAAUGUGGCAAACUGAACGAAAGAGGCAAAAGUCGCCUGGAGCAGGUGGACACAACCCUGGCUCGUGUCAAGGACUUCUAUGACAAACUAAAGGAGCUGAACUACAUGACAGCCACAGCAGAAGACAGUGAAGCUUUGCAGUGGGUCGUUGGGACAGAAGUGGAGGUCAUCAGCCAGCAGCUGGCAGAUUUCAAGACAUUCCAGAAGGAGCAAGUUGACCCCCUUCAGGCAAAACUGCAGCAAGUCAAUGGGCUUGGACAGGGACUCAUCCAGAGCGCGGGAAAGAAUUGUGACGUCCAGGGCUUGGAACAUGACAUGGAGGACAUCAACACCCGCUGGAACACCCUCAACAAGAAGGUGGCGCAGAGGAUUGCACAGCUGCAAGAAGCCCUGUUGCAUUGUGGGAAGUUCCAGGAUGCCUUGGAGCCUUUGCUCAGCUGGUUGGCCGACACGGAGGAGCUCAUCUCCAACCAGAAGCCGCCAUCUGCUGAAUAUAAAGUAGUGAGGGCUCAGAUUCAGGAGCAAAAGCUGCUCCAGCGUCUCCUGGAUGACCGGAAAGCUACUGUCGAGAUGAUCCAAGCAGAGGGUGGGAGAAUAGCUCAGUCCGCUGAACCAGCAGACAGGGAGAAGAUAGUUGCCCAACUAGAGAGCCUUGGAAGCCACUGGGCAGGACUUCUCGGCAAAGCUACAGCCAGGCAAAACCAGCUGGAGGAGAUCCUGGUUUUGGCCAAGCAGUUCCACGACACAUCGGAGCCCAUCUCUGACUGGCUGACGGUGACUGAGAAGAAACUGGCCAACUCAGAGCCCAUUGGGACUCAGACGGCCAAGAUCCAGCAGCAGAUAAGCCGGCAUAAGGCCCUCGAGGAGGAGAUAGAGAGUCAUGGCUCAGCUAUGGCUCUGGCAGUCAACACUGGACAGUCCCUGGCCUCCUUGAGCUGUCAGGCUGAGCAGGCCUCGCUGGCUGAGAAGCUUGACCUGCUUGAGUCCCGGUAUGCAGAGGUUUGCGACCGGUGCGGCCGGAAGGCUGCCCUUCUUGACCAGGCCUUGUCCAACGCCCGGCUCUUUGGGGAGGACGAGGUGGAGGUGCUCAACUGGCUGGCUGAGGUUGAGGACAAGCUCAGCUCAGUGGCCGUCAAGGAUUACAAGCGGGACAUCCUGCAGAGACAGCAUGCUGACCAGCUGGCCUUGAAUGAUGAGAUUGUGAACCGCAAGAAGAAUGUAGACCAGGCCAUUAAGAACGGGCAGGCCCUUCUAAAGCAAACCACAGGGGAAGAGGUGCUGCUUAUCCAGGAGAAGCUGGACGGCAUCAAGACCCGCUACUCAGAUAUCACCACAGCCAGCUCAAAGGCUCUCCGCACUCUGGAGCAGGCCCGCCAGCUGGCCACCAAGUUCCAGUCCACACAUGAGGAGCUGACAGAAUGGAUGGGUCUGGUGGAAGAGGAGCUGACGUCGGGUGGAGGGCACUCUCCUGUCGGGGAGCAGAUCCCUCAGUUCCAGCAGAGGCAGAAGGAACUGAAGAAGGAGGUGAUGGAACACAGGCUUAUCCUGGAUACUGUGAACGAAGUCAGCCGUGCCCUCCUGGAGCUGGUGCCCUGGCGUGCCCGCGAAGGGCUGGAUAAGUUGGUUUCGGAUACUAAUGAGCGCUACAAGAUGAUCAGUGACACCAUCAAGCAAAGGGUGGAAGAAAUAGAUGCUGCUAUACAGAGGUCACAGCAGUAUGAGCAGGCAGCUGAUUCAGAGCUUGCCUGGGUUGCUGAGACGAAACGGAAGCUGAUGGCGCUUGGCCCAAUUCGCCUGGAGCAAGACCAGACUACAGCUCAGCUUCAGGUCCAAAAGGCGUUCUCUAUUGACAUCAUCCGACACAAAGAUUCUGUGGACGAGCUGCUCAGCCAGAAGAAUGAGAUCUUUGGAACCUGUGGGGAAGAACAGAAAGCCACACUGCAGGAGAAGACGGAGUGUCUUCUGAAGCAGUAUGAUGACAUCAGCCACCUCAAUUCAGAGCGCUAUGCCCGCUUGGAACGUGCCCAGGUCUUAGUCAACCAGUUCUGGGAGACUUACGAAGAGCUCAACCCUUGGCUGGAAGAGACGCAGGUGUUGAUUGGGCAGUUGCCCCCUCUGGCCAUUGAUCACGAGCACCUCAAGCAGCAGCAGGAAGACAUGAGGCAACUGAGAGAGUUGAUUGCAGAACACAAACCCCAUAUUGAUAAGCUGCUGAAAAUCGGGCCACAGCUGAAUGAGCUGAACCCAAAAGAAGGUGAGAUGGUACAGGAGAAAUACUUGACGGCAGAAGCCAUGUACUCCCGCAUCAAGGAGGAUGUCCGCCAACGGGCUCUGGCGAUGGACGAGGCUGUCUCACAGUCAACCCAGUUCCAUGACAAGAUUGAGCCCAUGCUGGAGACUCUGGAGUCUCUCUCCUCCCGCCUGCGAAUGCCUCCACUGAUCCCAGCUGAGGUUGAGAAGAUCCGAGAGUGCAUUGGCGACAACAAAAAUGCCACCAUGGAGCUGGAGAAGCUGCAGCCGUCCUUUGAGGCCCUAAAACGCCGCGGGGAGGAGCUGAUUGGACGGUCGCAAGGUGCAGACAAGGAUCUGGCAGCCAAAGAAAUCCAGGAUAAAUUAGACCAAAUGGUGUUUUUCUGGGAAGACAUCAAAGCCCGGGCCGAGGAACGUGAAAUUAAAUUCCUGGAUGUCUUGGAACUGGCAGAGAAAUUUUGGUAUGACAUGGCUGCCCUCCUGACCACCAUCCGAGACACACAGGACAUUGUCCAUGACUUGGAGAGUCCGGGGAUUGACCCAUCCAUCAUUAAACAGCAGGUGGAAGCAGCAGAGACGAUCAAAGAGGAAACGGACAGUUUGCAUGAAGAACUGGAGUUCAUCCGGAUUCUUGGGACUGACCUGAUCUUUGCCUGCGGUGAGACAGAGAAACCAGAAGUGAAGAAAAGCAUAGAUGAGAUGAACGGUGCCUGGGAGAACCUGAACAAAACCUGGAAGGAGCGGCUGGAGCGGCUGGAGGAGGCCAUGCAGUCGGCAGUGCAGUAUCAGGACACGCUGCAGGCCAUGUUUGACUGGCUGGACAACACGGUGAUCAAACUCUGCAACAUGCCCCCUGUGGGGACGGAUCUCAACACCGUCAAAGAGCAGCUGAACGAGAUGAAGGAAUUUAAAAUGGAAGUUUACCAGCAGCAGAUUGAGAUGGAGAAACUGAAUCACCAGGGAGGGCUCAUGCUUAAAAAAGCCAUGGAUGAGACGGACCGAGACAUCAUCCGGGAGCCUGUGACGGAGCUGAAGCAUCUGUGGGAGAACCUGAACGAGAAAAUAGCCCAUCGGCAGCACAAGCUAGAAGGUGCCCUCUUGGCCCUUGGCCAGUUUCAACAUGCGCUGGCUGAGGUGAUGGCCUGGCUGACCCACACUGAAGAGCUGCUGGAUGCCCAGAGGCCCAUCAAUGGCGACCCAAAAGUCAUCGAGGUGGAAUUAGCUAAGCACCAUGUGCUGAAGAAUGAUGUGCUGGCCCACCAGUCCACAGUGGAGACAGUGAACAAGGCUGGCAAUGAGCUUUUGGAAUCCAGCGCAGGGGAUGAUGCCAACAGUCUCCGGAACCGCCUUGAGACGAUGAAUUCGUGCUGGGAGUCGGUGCUGCAGAAGACAGAGGAGCGAGAGCAGCAGCUGCAGAUGACCCUUCAGCAGGCUCAAGGUUUCCAUGGUGAAAUUGAAGACUUCCUCCUCUGGCUCACAAGGAUGGAGAACCAGCUGUCUGCCUCCAAACCGACAGGUGGGCUGCCAGAGACUGCCCGAGAGCAACUGAAUGCCCACUUGGAGCUCUAUGCCCAGUUGAAAGCCAAUGAGGAGGUCUACAGCCAGCUCCUGGCUAAAGGGAGGUUGAUGCUCCUGAGCCGCGAUGAUUCUGGGUCUGGAUCAAAGACAGAGCAAAGUGUGGCUCUCUUGGAGCAGAAGUGGGGCCUCGUCAGUAUGAAGAUGGAGGAGAGAAAGUCCAAGUUGGAAGAGGCCCUCAGCUUGGCAACCGAAUUCCAAAAUUCCCUGCAGGAUUUCAUCAACUGGCUCACCCUUGCAGAGCAGAGCUUGAACGUUGCUCCUCCACCCAGCCUCAUGUUCAACACAGUGCUCUCACAGAUAGAAGAUCACAAGGUGUUUGCCAAUGAAGUGAACGCCCACCGGGACCAGAUAAUUGGCCUAGACCAAAGUGGAAACCAGCUGAAGUUUCUCAGCCAGAAGCAGGAUGUGGUCUUGAUUAAAAACCUCCUGGUCAGUGUCCAGUCACGCUGGGAGAAGGUCGUCCAGCGGUCAGUGGAAAGAGGGCGGGCUCUGGACGAUGCCAGGAAGCGGGCAAAGCAGUUCCAUGAAGCUUGGAAGAAGCUGGUUGACUGGUUAGAAGAUGCAGAAAAUCUCCUGGAUUCUGAGCUUGAAAUUUCAAAUGAUCCCGACAAGAUCAAACUGCAGCUCUCUAAGCACAAGGAGUUCCAAAAAACCCUGGGUGGCAAGCAGCCUGUUUAUGACACCACGAUCCGGACAGGAAGGGCCCUGAAAGAAAAAGCUCAGUUCCCAGAUGACAACCAGAGCCUGGACCAUCUCCUUGGGGAAGUCCGUGACAAGUGGGACACUGUCUGUGGCAAAUCGGUGGAAAGGCAGCACAAACUGGAAGAGGCCCUUCUGUUCUCUGGCCAGUUCAUGGAUGCAUUGCAAGCUCUGGUUGACUGGCUGUACAAGGUGGAGCCCCAGCUGGCCUUAGACCUGCCUGUCCAUGGGGACCUGGACCUGGUCAUGAACUUAAUGGAUGCUCACAAGGUCUUCCAGAAGGAGCUUGGCAAGCGAACAGGCACUGUCACGGUUCUCAAGCGCUCAGGCCGGGAACUUAUUGAGAACAGCCGCGAUGACACAACGUGGGUGAAAGUGCAGCUGCAAGAGCUAAGCAACCGCUGGGACACCGUCUGCAAGAUGUCUGUCCUGAAGCAAACUCGGUUGGAGGAGGCCCUGAAGCAGGCAGAAGAGUUUCGGACUGCCGUCCAUCUUCUGCUGGAGUGGCUCUCUGAAGCUGAGCAGACCCUCCGCUUCCGGGGAGCUUUGCCCGACGACGCAGAAGCGCUACAGUCACUCAUCGAUGUGCACAAGGAGUUCAUGAAGAAAGUUGAAGAGAAAAGGCUGGAUGUGAACUCCGCUGUGGGGAUGGGGGAGGUCAUCUUGGCCGUUUGCCACCCAGACUGCAUCACCACCAUCAAGCACUGGAUCACCAUCAUCCGAGCUCGGUUUGAAGAAGUUCUCACAUGGGCAAAGCAACACCAGCAGCGGCUUGAAGCAGCCCUCUCGGAGCUAGUGGCCAAUGCAGAGCUGCUGGAGGAGCUCUUGGCAUGGAUUCAGUGGGCUGAGACGACGCUGAUUCAAAGGGACCAAGAGCCAAUGCCACAGAAUAUUGACCAGGUCAAAGCCCUCAUUGCAGAGCACCAGUCCUUUAUGGAAGUAAUGACCCGAAAGCAGCCAGAUGUGGAUCGCGUCACAAAAACAUACAAGAGGAAAGCCACAGAGCCGGCUCAUGGACCUUUCAUUGAGAAAUCCCGAAGCAAUAGAAAACCCCUGAACCAGACAGCCCCACCCCCAAUGCCAAUUCUCUCCCAGUCGGAAGCAAAGAACCCGCGCAUCAACCAGCUUUCGGCCCGCUGGCAGCAGGUGUGGUUGCUGGCGCUCGAGCGGCAACGCAAGCUCAACGAUGCCCUGGAUCGGCUGGAAGAGUUGAAAGAGUUUGCAAACUUUGACUUUGAUGUAUGGCGGAAGAAGUACAUGCGCUGGAUGAACCACAAGAAGUCACGUGUGAUGGACUUCUUCCGGCGGAUUGACAAAGAUCAAGAUGGGAAAAUCACGCGGCAGGAGUUCAUUGAUGGCAUCCUGGCAUCCAAAUUCCCCACUACUAAAUUGGAGAUGACUGCGGUAGCUGACAUCUUUGACCGUGAUGGGGAUGGUUACAUUGACUAUUAUGAGUUUGUAGCUGCUCUGCACCCUAACAAAGAUGCUUAUCGGCCAACAACAGAUGCAGACAAAAUUGAGGAUGAGGUGACCAGGCAGGUGGCUCAGUGUAAAUGCGCAAAGAGAUUCCAAGUGGAGCAGAUUGGAGAGAACAAAUACCGGUUCUUCCUCGGCAACCAGUUUGGUGAUUCGCAGCAACUGCGGCUGGUCCGUAUCUUGCGUAGCACAGUCAUGGUUCGCGUUGGUGGAGGAUGGAUGGCCCUGGAUGAGUUUUUAGUGAAGAACGAUCCUUGCAGAGUUCACCACCCGGGAAGUAAAAUAAAACGCUCUGAUUCCAGCUCUUCGAUUGCCAGUCAGUCUCCGAUAGCUCGAGGAAGAACUAACCUUGAACUUCGAGAGAAAUUCAUUCUCCCAGAGGGAGCUUCUCAGGGAAUGGCGCCAUUCCGGUCCAGGGGGCGCAGGUCAAAGCCCUCCUCUCGGGCAGCCUCCCCAACGCGGUCUAGUUCGAGCGCCAGCCAGAGCAACCACAGCUGCACUUCGAUGCCCUCCUCCCCAGCCACACCUGCAAGCGGGACAAAGACUCCGCAUCACUUCACUCGCAGUUAUGACAAACCCUGGUUGGUAAACAGCAAGGCAGGUACCCCUUUGAGGGGCUACGAUAAUGCUGACCUCCACCUGUCUGCUUCUGAGGUUGUUCCCUCUUCAAGCAGCAAGCUGAAGCGACCCACUUUCCACUCCAGCCGAACUUCUCUCGCUGGCGACACCAGUAACAGCUCCUCACCAGUGUCUUCAGGUGCCAAAACUAGUCGGGCUGAUCCUAAGAAAACGAGCAGUCGUCCUCAGAGCCGGGCAGGGAGCCGGACAGGGAGCCGUGCCAGCAGCCGGCGGGGCAGUGACGCAUCUGACUUUGACCUCCUAGAGACACAGUCAGCCUGCUCAGACACUUCCGAAAGCAGCGCAACGGGGGGGCAGGGCAGCUCCCGAUGGGGCAUGGCAAAGCCCUCCAAAAUCCCCACCAUCUCUAAGAAAGCGACCACAGCCACCCCCAAGACGCCAGGCCCCAAGAGAUAAUAAUAAUAAGACCCCAUGCACACAUCUACACAUACACACAGAAAAACAAAAAAAACCUGUGUCCAUUUUUUAACCCUCCUUCAUACAUUGGAUGUAUAUUUAUGCUACAUGGGAGAAAUUAUAUUGUUAAAAGUGUAAAAGAUUAAUUGUGUUAUGAAGCUGCCUUAUUUUGUUCUGUUAAUUUUCUUUUUUUGUAAGUUACUAUUUUCAUGUGAAUAUUUAUGUAGAUAAAACUUGCCUUCUGGUGACCUCCUUAGCACUGGGAGGGCCCAGGGAAAAAAUGAAAUGUGGGAGAGAAUAGAAGCAAGCAAAAGGUCAAGAUGUGAAAAUGUAAAAACAAAAAGUUAAAAAAAAUUAUAUAAAUAGGAUUUCUGUGCAGUGCAGGAAGUGAUCCUGCUUUAUCUUUUAGGAUUAUUUCCUAAAUGCAUCUUUAUAAAAACUCAACUUGCUAUCUCAGCAAGGUAAAUUAUAUUUAAAAGCAACACCUGAAUAUCCAGCAGUGUUCAAGGAAUUAUUUCUCUCUCUCUUUUUUUCUCUUUUUUUCUUUUUUCUUUUUUCUUUUUUGUAAAUCAAGGAUACCUCAAAAAGAGAGAAAUGUGAGGUGAGUGGGAUCUGGGGCUUCUGUUUCCAGUUUUUAAAAGAAAUCAUUGUGGUUUUACCUGAAGAUAAAGUGGAGUAAGUUUGAACUAAUAAAUUUAAAAAAUUGCACACACGCUACAUACAAGUAAAGAUGUUCACUAAAAUGCUGUAUUUAGCGAAAUGAAAGUACUGUCAGCCGCUGAGCUUUUAAAGAACAACUAAUACUAUGUUUUCAAUAUUUUACACUUGAAGCUCUCCAGUAGCAUCAUACAUGUGUGGACGAUGCCUGGGGUUGGGGCACACACAGCAAAACCUUUGAGCAGUGGAGCCAAAGAGGGGAGUUCCCACCCACAAAACUUGGUUCCUCUCUCACAUUGCUGUUAAAAAAAAAAAAAACUGACUUCACUUUUUAGUUCACGAACUGCUAUUUAA